AUGGAGUCCAAACAUGAAGCAUACGACAGCAGCAGUGACUCCAGCUGCGGGAGCCCGGGAUCACCUCCCUCCAGCCCGGCCCCGGGCAGCCCGCCUCCAGGCUGCAGCACUGGGGCCAAUGCUUUCGCAAACGACGGCAGCUUCAUGGAGAUGUUCAAGAAGAAGAUGGAAGCGGAGAAGCGGAAAAAAGAAGCAGACACAAGUGGAAUCGGGACACGUACCGAGCAUGCACCAGAGGAUAAGAAGUCCCCGGCUGUGACCACUUUUGUGGGGAAGCGCAGAGGCGGUGUGUUCCUAAAGACUGGCGUGGUCGCAAAGAAGCAGAAACAGGACUCAGAAAAGGAGCCAGGCAAGAGCGAUGCUUGGUCAAAGUACAUGGCUGAGGUGAAAAAGUACAAAGCGCAUCAGUGUGGCGACGACGACAAGACACGACCUCUUGUAAAGUGA